GUCUCCUCAGCCCUCAGAGCGCGUGAGAAAUCGGCUUAUCGUUUCUCCUCGAUGAGAGGAGAGAGGAUGCGCGCGGGGGAGCAGAGGAUGUGGAUGUGAGAGGGUUUUUUUUUUUUGGGCGCUCGAUGUGUCAGUGCAGGGAAGGAGCCAGGACCUGAGGAGCACUUUGCUCCUUCUGAAUUGAGGUUUUUUUUUUCUUCAGGCUAAAAUAAAGAAAGUGACACUUCAUCCUAAUGAUGGCAGGCUUAUUUUAACCAUCUUCUUGUCAUGGAUAAAUGGACCAAUCGGACAUGUUUGGAUGGAAUUGGUAGGGGUUAAUAAAAAGAAACGAUGCCCAAAGCGCAUGGAGGGACCUCGUGAGAGCAUCAACUCCCGUUCCAAAUGGCCGAGCUUGAAGUUUGCAGAAAUCUGAGUUUGGAGAAGGUGGAGAGAUGCAUGAGCGUGAUGCAGUCCGGGACACAGAUGGUCAAGCUGAAGGCGGGAUCCAAGGGACUGGUGAGACUCUUCUACCUGGAUGAGCAUCGCUCCUGCAUCCGCUGGAAGCCGUCACGCAAGAGCGAGAAAGCAAAGAUCACCAUCGAUUCGCUCUAUAAGGUGACGGAAGGCGGUCAAUCGGACAUCUUCCAUCGGCAACCAGACGGCAGCUUCGACCCGGCCUGCUGUUUCACCGUGUAUCACGGAAACCACAUGGAGUCCCUCGACCUGGUGACAUCUAACUCAGAGGAGGCCAGGACUUGGAUCACCGGCCUUCGGUACCUGAUGGCGGGGAUCAGCGAUGAGGACUCGCUGGCCAAACGGCAGCGGACACAUGACCAAUGGAUGAAGCAGACGUUUGAGGAGGCUGAUAAGAACGGAGACGGCCUGCUGAACAUCGAUGAGAUCUACCAGCUUCUCCACAAGUUGAACGUUAACCUGCCGCGCAGGAUGGUCAAGCAGAUGUUUCAGGAAGCAGACACAGAUGAUCAGCAGGGCACGCUAACGUACGAAGAGUUUUCGGUCUUCUACAAGAUGAUGUCUCUCAGACGGGACCUGUUCCUGCUGAUGAUGGCCUACAGUGACAGGAAGGACCACCUGACAGCGGAUGAGCUCGCCAACUUUCUGCACAAUGAGCAGAAGAUGACCAGUGUGACCACAGAGUACGUUGCAGAAAUAAUUAACAAGUUUGAGGUGUCUGAUGAAAAUAAACAAAACGGCGUUCUGGGGAUUGACGGUUUCACAAGCUUCAUGCGCAGUCCAGCCUGUGAUAUUUUCAACCCGUUGCACCACGAGGUGAACCAAGACAUGGAGCAGCCUCUGUGUAACUACUUCAUCGCCUCGUCUCAUAACACCUACCUGACGGGAGACCAGCUCCUGUCCCACUCCAAGACCGACAUGUACGCCUGGGUGCUGCAGUCCGGCUGUAGAUGUGUGGAAGUUGAUUGCUGGGAUGGUCCGGAUGGAGAGCCGAUGGUCCAGCAUGGCUACACUCUGACCUCCAAGAUCCCAUUCAGGUCCGUCAUCGAGACCAUCAACAAACACGCCUUUGUAAAUAACCAAUUCCCAGUGAUUCUCUCCAUUGAGAACCACUGUAACAUCCAGCAGCAGAAGAAGAUCGCUCAGUACCUGCGAGAAAUCUUCCGAGACAAGCUGGAUGUGGACGAUGUGCUGAGCCGAGACUCCAAAACCUUACCCAGUCCCCAAAGCCUGCGAGGGAAGAUUCUCAUCAAAGGGAAGCGUCUACCCGCCUAUCUGUCUGCGGACGCCGAGGAGGGGGAGGUGUCGGAUGAUGACAGCGCUGAUGAAAUUGAGGAAGACUUCAAACUCAAAAGCAGCAAUGGCAACGGCCACCACCAAGUGGAGUCUCACAUCCGAAAGAAGCUGGACUCUCUUCUAAAAGAGUCUCGGAUCGGAGAUAAGGAGGACAGUGACAGCUUCAGCAUCCGAGCGCUGCUCCGAGCCACACACCAAGGCCUUCAGAAGAACCUCCGGCAGAGCUCCAACAGGGUUCUAAAGAAAUCCCACAGCAGAUCUCUCAUCACAACGCUCAAACAGAAGAGGCACUCCAAAUCCAGGCUGACGUGCCAAAGCGUGGAAAAGGARGAAGAUGUUCAGGAGCGGACUGGGAGGGAGGCUGGAGGACAGUUCAACAGGGGUGGGAGAAAGAGGAAGACGAUGAAGCUGAGCAGGGAUCUGUCGAACUUGGUGGUCUUCACCAAUUCUGUCGCCUCUCAGGAGUGUUUAAAUGAAGGUACUCCAGGUGACGUGUUGUCGUUCAGUGAGACCAGAGCACAAUCWCUGGUCAACCACAGGACCGAGCAGUUCCUGGCUUUUAACCAGAGGCAGCUGUCACGGAUUUAUCCCUCGGCCUAUCGCAUCGACUCGUCUAAUUUUAACCCUCAGUUUUACUGGAACGUGGGCUGUCAGUUGGUGGCACUGAACUAUCAGACCGAGGGGCGGAUGAUGCAACUCAACAGAGCCAAGUUUAUGGUGAAUGGGGGAAUCGGUUUCGUCCUGAAGCCGCCUCCCAUGUGCAAAGGCUCCUUCAACCCAUUCAGUGAUGACCCACUUCCAGCUUACCCCAAGAAGCAGCUCAUUCUCAAGAUCAUUAGUGGACAGCAGCUGCCGAAACCACCGGACUCCAUGCUGGGGGACCGUGGGGAGAUAAUUGAUCCAUUCGUUGAAGUAGAGAUCAUUGGUUUGCCGGUUGACUGCUGCAAGGAACAGACACGAGUUGUUGAUGACAACGGUUUUAAUCCAGUAUGGGAGGAGUCGCUGUCCUUUACGCUUCACAUGGCUGAGCUGGCACUUGUGCGUUUUCUAGUCUGGGACCACGACCCAAUCGGACGAGACUUCAUUGGUCAAAGGACUGUUGCCUUCAGUAGUCUGAUGCCUGGUUACAGACAUGUCUACUUGGAGGGACUGACUGAAGCUUCCAUCUUUGUGCACGUGUCAGUGCACGAUGUCUACGGGAAGUGGAGCCCUCUUGUCCUGAAUCCCAGCUUUACCAUAAUGCACUUUUUAGGAGCUAACAAGGGUAAUCAACUGCGAGGUAUCCGUGGUUUCUUCAACCGCUCCUCCAAGUCCUCCGUGGACACGAACACGAGCGGUCUUCGAAAACGCUCCAUUAGUGACCACCUUCUGCGCCGCACAGCCAGCGCCCCGGCGAAGGGGAGGAAGAAGACGAAAAUGACGCUGUCGGAGUCGGUGGCCUCAAUAUCCGACAACAAGAAUGGGGCGGCAGCGGGAGGAGAGGGAGCGUCAGGGAAGGAAGGAUGGGUAGAGAAGCCUCUCCAGCCUAGAGCACCUCUGAUCCACAGGCCCGUUUCCAUGCCAUUAGACAGACUUCUGCAAGGGCAGCUGUCCAUCUGUUCUCCAGACAAGGAACAGCAGGAUGUGGGAGCAGAUACUGUCAUUAGAAUUUGCCAAUUCAACAAACCCAGGUCUUCCUCUGUGGACCUUCUCAUUGAGUCGUCGUUACCUGUUGAAUCAAACAUCUCUCCACUUUCAAAGACAAACAGAAAUAAAAAGUCUGAAGAGGCUUCUUAUAUGGUUAUUGGUGCUGGCAAAGUAAUAAAGGAAGAUAUCUAUGUCAAUUACCAGUCAGAACUCAACAAAUCACAUAUCUCAUCAGCAGAAACAGACAAAAACCACUCUAUGACACUUUCCACAAACAGCCAGGUGACAUCUGAUAAACCCGAAACAUCAUCGAAUAGCACCAUUUUCACGGUUGCACCUCCAACCUCCUCCUCCUCUUCCUCCUCCUACACCCUCUCAUCUAUGGCACUUAAUUCUCCUGUCAGAGUGAACAAUGGUGUAAAAAGUCCCAGCUCCUUGCAUGAUAGCACCAUUUCUAGACUCAUUGAUGCCAUGUCCUUAGGCAAUGAACAGGACACAUGUUGCUCUAUUUCUGCCCUGAUUGAUCAGUUUGAAAACACUGUUGACCAAAGUAAUCUCACAUUGUUAUCACCUGAUAUCACACUGUCUCGGGCAUCAAAACUUAGGCCUACAACACCCAAAGCCCUGGAAAAUUUAAGGUCUCCUCUCAAGAACAAUGCAACUUCACCAAAAAAGAACCCUGUGCUGAGUCCUCAAAAGGCAACUCAAAAGACUAAUCAUGUUAACAGUGAAAUUGAUUCACCUCGCAAGGAUUCCAGUGCAGAUACACACACUCCAUCUCUCAUCUCAAGCCCAGAAACUGCUGAGCUCGAGGAGGUCUACACCAUUCUGGAUGAGGAGGUUUUGUUGCCUGUGUCAGUGUACAACCUGAGGAAGCAGACAGUUCACAUUCAGGUGGAUACAACAGAGAGUUCCCCUUCAAACAGUUUAGGGACCUCCCCAGCAAAGACAAAUCACAGUUUAGGGAAAGGGCCCAGUGUGGCAUGGUCUAAUGUGGACAGAAGUUGGGGUGAAAGUGAAAAAUCUGUAGAAGCAGAGGAAAGAGUAUACGAGGAGGUGAAUGAUCCUCCAACUGCAUUAUUUGAAUCAGAGCAGGGCACUUAUAAAACUUACACGAGUUCCUCCUCCAAUAAACCCUUACAAAUUUUCCACCAUUCAGCUAGAGGGACAUUUACAGAAGUGGAGCUAAAUGUUGACGAGGAUCCAAUGGAAUUGAUGCAAACUUUGCCACAUCAUGGCAACCAUUGGGAAGCCAAACACGAUGUUAUUUAUCAAAACCACGGGCCCACUCCCAGCUACUCCCAACAAAAACAUCCUUCUUCAUACCCUAAACUACACUACCCAAAACAUGCAUCUCAUACAUCAUUCUCACAGUUUCCUUCACUGGUGAAUCAACCGUCACGUCAGCUGUUCAAUCACCAUCAACCACAAGGCAUUCUCCAACCUCCAGUCCAUCAUAAAUUCAUUAACCAUGGACCACCCAACCUUGGUCCAGUUAGUCAGAACAGCUACCCCAUGUGUCAGAGCAACUCUGCGGUCUUUAACAACAGCAGAGACUUCAACAUUUCCAAAACACAACAGAGAAGCUCAAGUAGUAGCCAGAUCAAGUCUCAAGAAAGGCCAGGAAACAGGCAGAUAAAAACUGAAAGAAGAGAUGGCUCCUCCUACAAUGGUUUUUCUUCUGCUGAAAGCCUUCCUGGUCAAUGUGAUGUAUCUUUAAACAUCCCCAGAAAGAGAGAUUCAGAUUCACCUUCUUUUGAAUGUGAAACCUUGUACAGUCAGCUAGACUAUGAUUGCAUUAUGCCCUCAUCUGAGCCUUGUGCUUUUCAAAAGAUCCAGCCCCAAAGCCAAAGUCAAACAAAGUUAUAUGGCCCUAAACAGUUUGGCAUACAUAAAACCAACCUUGUCAAUAAAAAAAUCCAGGCACACUCUGAAACCAGAGUUCCAUUGCACUCAGAUUUAGAAUCUUCAUCUGCCUAUCUUCAAUCAGCUACCACAGGUUCUAAAACCCCAAGUCCCUGCAAGUCUAAAUCUCUGGGAGACCUGACCUCUGAAGACAUACUGUGCAACUUUCAGAGCAAGUAUCACAUUAUUAGUCGCAGUUUUGUCACGUCUCAUGUGAGAAAGCAAAAGCAUAAAGGCACCAUGGGGGAAGCAUCUUUUCAUUCACAGUCGUUGGAUCCCCUUACACAACAGCUACGUAAACUGGUUAGUCUGGAGGCAGAUGAAAGCCUACGACCUCCUCAAUUACAACAGGAAGCACAAUACCAAGCAAGUAAUUUAUCCCCAGACAAUUCCAGGGAUUUAGAUGAUUCCCCUCCUACUCUUACCCGUCGCCUCUCUUCCCGAAGCCAAAGCCGAGUGCGACACAUCAACAGUCGUGCUCGCGAGAGGCAACAAGAAGCUCUGAAACCUCAUCCGGGCGUGGUGAUCAAUAGUACGUCCAGCAUUGGUGGGGUGGUACGAAGGAAUAAACCAGCCCUGCAGAAUCUGCCACCUAACAGACACUCAACCGGUUCUUACAUAGCAGGCUACCUUGGUGAGCUGGAUGACAGAGGACUUCCUGAAGGGGCCUGCACCUCCAUAAGUUAUGGCAACGGGGACAGUCUUGGAGAUCUGUACUAUACAGACAACUCUCUCCCCUCUUUGAAUGCUUCCCAUUCAGCAUCUGAACCUGAAGUCUAUUUUCUGCUUAGAUUAUAACUCUGAUCAUAGUUUGUUGAGGAAUUAUAGCAUUACCCUUGGUUUGGUUCAGCAACACCAAAACCAAGAUGACCAAUGAAAUAYAAAUUUGCACUUGUUUGUUGACAUGUUUGUUAACAUUUUCCUCUCUAAGAGUUAUGAAAUGAUCAUUCCAGGCUGUUUCUAGUCAAUAAACAAUAAACUGUUAGUGAAACAUUACAAAUAAUCCAUGAUUGGACUUAACAGCAUGAAAUUACCUGUAUGAAAUGUCUACUUUUCCAUAGAGAAUGGUCUUGUUGACUCUAUUGUCUUUAUUCUGCUAAAUGUGUAAAUGUCCCUUCUGAAUGACUUCCUGGUUAGACUGAUUGUACAAACUCUUGUUAUUUUUGUCUGUGUUGUACCGUCUAAUCUACGUACAGUGACUCUGAAGCAAAAAAAAGGAAGAAAAAGAAAGAAGGAAAAUGCAGAGACUUUGCAUCCUUUGAAUGUGUAGUAUAUUCAAGCAGCUUAUUUUUAACAGAUGGAUUUCAUCUUUUCAGAUAUCUCAUGCAAGUCUUCCUUCUCUCUUUAAUGGUAUUUCUCUAAUUGUAUUUUGUGUAAAUAUCCCUGUUAUCACUUUUUUUGUUUGGGAUGAGUUUUUGCAGAGAAUCAUUUAUGUUUGUGCAUGUUACAUGUGAACAUGUCAAGCAUGACUAUGCACCAGUUUAUACGAUAGUUGUUGGAUUACCUAAACACAUUUGCACAUAACAAACAGAGGUCAGAGGCUUGUUUGUAUCGGGGCACAUUACAGUAUUUGUUGCUCUGUAUGAUUUGUAAAAUUUGAUGGCAAAAUUUAAGAAAAAAAAUUGGAAUUCAAAGGUUUUUUAUUUUUAUAAUUGCUUUGAUACAGACAGUAAAAUAUGCUCUUGUUCUUUGGGGUUGGUUUAUUUUGUAUAACUUGAUGAAUAGAACAAAUGAGRUGACAGCUACACAGGGUCAAGCUGAGAAGGGAAGGGCAGUAGAGGUAUGAAUUUGUUUUUAAACACUUCUUUCAGUAUUACACCAUAUUUUUUUCUUUUUUCUUUUUGCUCAUUGGAAUUGUGAGCAUUUUUCCUAUCAAUGCAAUAAAAUAAAAUUUUUGAUUUGAA